UUUUAACGGAAAGAUAACGUAGAAAAACUAUUUAAUGUGCCAUAUGAAUAUACGGAAAGUUAAAAAAUAGCAAUCACUUAUCCUGGAGUUGAAUUCAUUUAUUUAUAUAUUUUUUAUUUACUAUUUUACACAAUGAUAGCGCUAAACUUUUUUUUAAGUUUUACGUUUAAGUAAGACCGUGCGAUGAUUUAAAUUACAAUGUUGCCAUUGAUGUUUAUAAUAUUUACGCUGUCUAGUUUAACAGCUGUAAAAAGGUUACGAGUUGGUUUGUUUUAGAGGACAUUGAUUGCAGUCUUUAUCUUGGAUUUGAUAGAUACAAUGCAGAACAUCUUUACGACGAUUCGCUACGGGAAAACAAAGCAACUCUUGCAAAUGGAGCAUUAAUAAGUAAGCUCGAUGGAAGUUGCGGAGUUUGUCUACAACUUCUUGAUGGUGAAGUUAUUUUGGACGGUGAAAACUUUAAAGGUUUACCACAUCUGGGAAUUACAAUAGCAUUAAUGGUUAACAUUGUUAAUAUUCGAGGGGCGCAUGAACUAUUUCAAACUGUGGGUUCUCAUUCCGAUCAUAAAGAAGGGCAAUAUCAUUUGGAGGUUCUUGAUGGGAAAGUGCGAUGGUUUCACCGCAAUGAACACGGCGAAACUGUAUUCUCAGCUGAGACCGUAAAGCAAGAAAUUGAUGAAAAGGUAUGGACAGAACUUGCUGUUACUUAUGACGGACAUUCUGGGGUAUCAAAGAUUUAUAAAAAUGGAAUAAUGAUAAAAGAAGAAGUAUCCGAUGCAAUGCCUUUGUCAAGUGACUGGGGACUUUUUGCAGGAAUUGGUAAUUUCAAGGGAGAUCGUGAGCUUAAAGGUUAUAUCGACGAAUUUUAUAUUUUUAAUAGAACGUUAAAUGACUCUGAAAUAUCGGCAAUCCACUCCCAUUGCAAAGGAGCGCUGGCAUCGCAAAUAAUGCACCUACGUUUUGGUGAGGUUGAUGGAAAUGUUUCAAUAGAUUCCUCAUACCAAGGAAACAAUGGUUACUUUGUUGGAACGGUUACAGCUGGAUCCAAUGGUACAUGCGGUCCGGCUGUGCAAGUAGCCACAUCAAAACUAAACGCAACUUCAGAAAUAUCUUUGCGUGGAUCUCGCUUCCACAAUAAACCUACAGACGCUUGUACUAUUGCAUUGUGGGUUAAACUUGAAGAUGAGACUGGAAAACACAGGCUCUUUUAUACGACAGGGGGACACUCAAUGCACACACAUGAACAGUAUGAGCUGAGCGUUCAAGAGGGGGCAAUUUAUUGGAUCCAUCACAAUGAAUACGACCAAAAAAUAUUCUUUGUUAAAACUGAACCAGUAGUUGUAAAAAACGAAUGGACUCAUAUUGCAGCAACUUAUGAUUCUACGAAAGAGAUUGCAGUAAUAUAUGUUAAUGGUGAUAUUAAAGAAGGAGCUAAUGGCGCAGGAGCACUAUCAGAAGAUUGGGAUGGUAAAGCAGCAUUUGGAAAACAUUUUGGAUCAAACGAAGGCUAUGAUUUCUUUGACGAAAUUGAAAUGUUUAGUCGCGAGUUAUCACCUUUAGAAAUCCGCCAGAUGUUUAUGAAAUGUAGUGAUGUUUUGCCCUACGGAAUGAGGAGUUCAAUACCAAAUGAUAAAUAUGUUCACCUCUUAAAACUUCUGCAGAAAAAAAAUAGAUCACUGCGAUAUAGGCGAGAUACUCAAAACCAAUCACAGUUGAUAUAUAUGACCUUUGACCGGAUUGCUGGAGAUAAGGUUUUUGAUGACUCAGGUUAUUCAAAUCAAGGAAGCCUUGUUGGUUUAUCAAAACUGGCCAGAGAUGCUGGUAAAUGUGGUCAUGGACUUCGAUUUCAAGGCGGUUACAUUCUUUUAAAUGGAAACACCAUCAAAAACAAACCACGUACAGGAAUCACAAUUUCAGUCUGGGUAUACAUGGAUUCAAUAGAAGGUCAACAAGAAAUUUUUCAAACUAUUGAUUCAAAAAAAGCCGUUAAUAAACAUGGGAUGUAUUACUUAGAGGUUAGCAAUGGUCAAUUAAGAUGGUUUCACAGAAACGAAGAAGGAGAGACAAUAUUUAGCGUUGAAACAAAUAAAAAAACGUUGUUACAAAAAGAGGUAUGGGUUCAUAUUGGAGCAACAUAUGACUCAGAAUCAAAAAAAGCUAUUAUAUAUGGAAAUGGAGAAAAAAUUCAGGAGGAUGAUGGAUAUGGAUACCUUUCUCAGGACUGGGAUGGUCAAGUCAGCAUUGGAAAAUUUUUUGAUUCUUCUGAUAGUGGUGAAAAUUUAGAAGGAAGAGAGUUCCAUGGAAUACUCGACGAAUUUUAUAUUUACAAUAGAGCAUUAAGCCAAGUAGAAAUCAGUCGGUUAAGUCAAAUAUGCGACUUUAGAAGAGUUGUACUUUAUUAUAGUUUUGAAAAAAUUCAUAUGGAACGAAUAUAUGAUCAAUCAGGAUUGUCUAAUAUAGGAAAACUUAUAAACCAUAGUGAUAUUGUUGAUGGAAAAUGUGGAAAAGGGUUAAACUUUUCCGAGCACAGUUAUAUUUCACUUUUUGGCGAUGAGUUUCGCCAGAAGCCUUCAAAUGCAAUCUCAGUGUCGGUGUGGUUACGACUGAACACGAAUAGAGGUCGGCACGAGAUAUUUAAUACAAUCGGAAGCCGCUCUCUUCAUAAGCACGAUCAGUACGAUUUUGCAGUUAUAGAUGGAUGCAUUUCUUGGUUUCAUAAAGACCAUUUAGGGAAAGAAAUAUUCAAAAUAGAAACUAAGCCUGUAUGCAGACCGAGACAAUGGAUUAAUUUAAUAGCAACCUAUGAUUCGCAAGAAGAAAAAGCGCAAGUGUAUUUAGAUGGUGUACUUGUUAAAGAAACAAAAGGAUCGGGAUAUUUAUCACAAGAUUGGGGUCAUUUUGCAGGAAUUGGUUUGCAUUAUUAUGAAAAUACUCACUUGAAUGGCGCAGUAGAUGAACUUUCAAUCUUCAAUUAUGCUUUACCGCCUGAUGAAGUUGUUUUUAUAUCAACAGGUAGUUGUAAUUAUGUUAUGUAAGUAUUGAAAACAUUUUAUGACUAUCUACAGCACAAAUGUGCAACAAUACAUUUGACAAAAUGUCACAAAUAAAACAAAAGUGAACUCCAAAGAUGACAAAAUUAUGCGAGCAUUAAUGUUAAAUGAAAAAGGUUAAAAGUAUUCACCAAAAGUAGCUGCAAAAGUAGCUGUAAAAAAAUACUCACCAAAAGCAACUGUAAAAAAAAUCGAAUUUACUAAAAGUACGUCAAGUGUCAACAAACCCUUAAUUUGAUACUAUUCAAUGUAUAUAUAACAAUAAACUUGUAUAUAUUUUUUUACUAUUCACGCCAGAUGAAUAUAUUUUUUUAGAUUAA